AUGUCUACACCAAGAAGAAGAAUAGAAACUGAUGUUAUGAAACUCCUCAUGAGUGAUUAUGAAGUAACUUUAGUCAACGACAAUAUGCAAGAAUUCUAUGUUCGUUUUCAUGGGCCUACUGAUACUCCCUUCAAUGGUGGUGUAUGGAAAGUACAUGUUGAAUUACCUGAUCAAUAUCCCUACAAAUCACCGAGUAUUGGCUUUAUGAAUAGAAUAUUUCACCCAAAUAUCGAUGAAGUUAGCGGUUCUGUUUGCUUGGAUGUUAUAAAUCAAACCUGGAGUCCAAUGUUUGAUAUGAUUAAUAUUUUCGAAGUUUUCCUUCCUCAAUUGCUUCGAUACCCCAAUCCAACUGAUCCUUUAAACGGCGAAGCUGCUGCAUUGUUGAUGAGAGAGCCAGCCAAGUAUGAGGUUAAAGUUAAAGACUAUGUUUCAAGAUACGCUACAAAAGAAGCCGCUGAUGCUGCUGCCGAUGAAAGUUCUGACGAAGACGACAUGAGUUCAGUUAGCUUUGAUUCUUCUGAGGAUGAAGCUGCGGGUAUGGAAUUGUAA